AUGGCCACCUCUGACGGCGCUUCAUCGAUCUCCGUCGCUGUCAGAGUACGGCCAUUCACUAUCAGAGAAGCUGCACAACUGACAAAAUGCGACGACUCGACACUGUUCCUCGGCGAUGGCUCCCUGGCCGCGGCACCUACACCCAAACUCCUUCAGAAGGGCCUACGGCCUAUCAUCAAAGUCGUCGACGACAAGUGCUUAGUGUUUGACCCUCCCGAAGACAAUCCUGUUCAGAAGUUCUCGCGCUCCGUCAUGCCUAUGGGAAAGAGGGUCAAAGAUCAGACGUUCGGAUUCGACAGAAUCUUCGACGAAAAUGCCACACAAGUCGACGUCUACGAAUCGACAGCCAAACCGUUGGUCUCUAGUGUUUUUGACGGCUACAACGCUACUGUCUUCGCUUACGGCGCAACGGGCUGCGGGAAGACGCAUACCAUUACCGGCACACAUCAGCAACCCGGCAUUAUUUAUUUGACCAUGCAAGAGCUGUUUGAGAGAGUCUCCGAGAUGAGCGACGAGAAGGUCACCGAAAUCUCACUAUCUUACCUCGAAAUCUACAACGAGACAAUUCGCGACUUGCUAAACCCUGGCAAUUCCAAAGGAGGUCUGAUGCUGCGCGAAGAUUCACACCAAGCCGUCUCCGUGGCCGGGCUGUCGAGCCACCACCCUCAGAAUGUACAGGAGGUAAUGGAAAUAAUUGUCAGGGGCAACGAGCUACGCACAAUGUCUCCCACCGAAGCCAACGCCGUCUCCUCACGUUCCCACGCCGUCCUGCAGAUCAAUGUUGCUCAGAAAGAUCGCAAUGCGAGCGUAGACGAAGCGCACACCAUGGCGACUCUCAGCAUUAUCGAUCUUGCUGGUAGCGAGCGUGCUAGUGCCACCAAGAACCGCGGCGACCGUCUACUAGAAGGUGCGAAUAUCAACAAGUCACUGCUCGCAUUGGGCAGCUGUAUCAAUGCCCUGUGCGACCCACGCAAGCGCAAUCAUGUGCCAUACCGGAACUCCAAACUCACCCGGCUCCUCAAGUUCUCCCUCGGCGGCAACUGCAAGACCGUCAUGAUAGUCUGUGUCAGUCCUUCAAGCCAACAUUUCGAUGAAACCCAGAACACCCUGCGCUAUGCCAACAGAGCGAAGAACAUCCAGACCAAGGUCACAAGGAACGUGUACAACGUCAACCGUCACGUCAAAGAUUAUCUGGUCAAGAUCGACGAGCAGAUGGCCCUUAUUAACGAGCUCAAGGCACAACAGAAAGACUACGAAGCCGUGGCCUUCGCCAAGUUCCGGAAACAGUCCGAGAAGAGAGAUGGUAUCACCAAAGACGGCAUACUGAGAAUCCGAGCUGCUUACGACAAUGCUGUGGCCGAGCGACAAGAGCGAACCAACAAUAUGAUCAAGCUAAGACAGCUCGGGCGUCGGAUUGCCAUGCUUUCUUCCUGGAUAGCCGCGUUUGACGCUGUGUGCGAUAAUCUCGAGCAGGAAAACGCACUGAGCAACAUGCAAGCUGUCCGAAAGACAGCCCAAGGCAUCAUGAUUGAGCUCGAGAGUGGACGCCACCAUUGCCAGCAAAAAGUUGCCAAGAGUAAUUGGGAACGGGCGUUGAAUACUGCAUUAAGCGCUAGCCUUCAGCAGCUCAAGGAGGUCGAGACUGGCGACAAUAUGGACUCUGAAACCCUCUAUCGUGAAGUGGAGUUGCUCAAAGCCAAUGCCGAGCGUGAGUCUCUUGCAGCGGUUGCCGAACAGGCCAAGCUUGGAGACGCGUCCACCGUGCAAGUUCUCCUCAAGGCUCACUUUGAGAUCAUUGCAGCUAUCGACACUUUGAACAGCAUGUCGGUUGAUGAAGCAGUCGAGGUAGCUAACCGCUAUCUGAAGAAUAUGCUUUCAUCUGCUUCAAAAGCGGCAUCGCAUGUUGUCAAGCCUGACGGCAGUCUCGCGCCGGUGGAGUCAUUCGCACCUCGCAAGACCGGCACGCCGAAGCGAAGAAAACAGGCUGUCAAUACCUCCAUCCUGGAAAGUCCGUCAGCAACAAAACAGGUACCCGCCGUUGAAGCACUAGCCGCGCCUCAGCUCCAGCAACUUUCGGCAUCUCCCAUGAAGGCAUCGCCCCGUCGACGUGGCUUGGCGGGAAGCGCGAAGAAGGGCGUUCAAUUUCAAUCUACGCCAAAGAAGCGCAAGGUUGUCAAACGAGCUGUCAGAUGGAAGGAUGAUACAGAGGAUGGUGCGCUGGCAGAGUUCGAGAAGACUCCCCUGAAGCUCCCAUCCUCAUCACCACCUGAGGAGAGCACAACGGAGCUCACCAUUCCGCAGAUCUCGGAUAUCACGACAAGCUUCGCGGAAAUGAAGAACAGCGACGACAAUUCGUCUCCCAUUCCACCGCCACCCGAGACUUCCGCGGCUGGGGCAAACAAAAACAGUCGCUUCAAAGCCGGUUUUCUAUCAAAGAAGUCAGAGGUAUCUCCUCUGUCCGUGGCAAUGCCGCCUCCGCCCAAGACGACCAUCUUCACCUCUUCUUCCGAGUCCGAGUCGUCACCCCUUCGUGAUGUGGGCUUAACAUCUGCCAACCGCCGUAGUAUCACGCCACUUGCUUCUAGCAAUGCCAACAAAGUAUCUCCUCCUCCGCAGUCCGCCAAUACUGAGCAUCCGUCCUCCUCCGACACUGAAAAUCAUAACCCCAACAAAGACGACGCCAUGAAGAUAGGAGCCGUCCGUCGUUCCUCCUCUGUGCGGGGUCCUGCUAGCCUGCGUACUCACCGCCGGAGAUCGCCUUCCGCCUCAUCACCGCCCACAGGCGAUAAUCUUUUCGGGGCUAGCCACGUUAGACGCAUGGUGCACGGUACGUCGGAAGGCAAGGACUGGAAGGCAGGUGUUUUGAGUCCAAGAGUUCAGGGCGUUACAACCGCGGGCAAGAGCAUGCACAGUGCUUCGAGACGCACUACGAUGAGCGCUUUUGAUUCAAGCGCUCCGAAAGGCCACGCACGGGGCGAGAGUAUGGGCACUACGGUUGGGGAGAGGGCAGCGAUGCGGUUGAGUAGCGUGACACCGAUGCGUGCUGGCCAGGACAGGGAUCGGGAGAGAGGCAGCUUCAUGCCUGGAAAGAACAUUUGGCGCUGA